GUCAAAUGAAAAACAGGGAUGAACGCCAUGUCUGAUUCCGUCGCGCGGAGCUAAAGAACGCGCCGCGCCGCGUCGACGGAGAAAGCCCGCGAGCAGCCCGCGGUAACCCCGCUCGGAGGAACCCCGUGCCCCCCUCCCGCUCCUCUCCCUCCGUCCCCACCGACCGCGGGCGGGGGCCCCGGAGCGCGGGAUGGCGGAGAGCGGGGCCGUCGCCCAGGGCUCCCCGGCCGUGGGCGCUGCUGGCUCGGCUCCGGCGGCUCCGGGGGUCGCGGGAGCUGAGGGUUCCGGGGCGGCGGUGGGGUCCGCGCGGAUCGCGCUGAAGAAGGCGCAGCUGCGCUCCUCCCCGCGCGCGAAGAAGCUGGAGAAACUCGCGGUGUACUCCUCGUGCAAGGCUGAGGGAGCCUGUAAGUGUAAUGGCUGGAAGAGUCAGAACCCACCUCCAACUCCGCCCCCCCCAACCCCUCCCAGGGCAGAGCAGCCAAUCGCUGUUAAUCUACUGGAGCCCUGCAGGAGCUGCAGUCAUCCCUUAGGAGAUCAUGUGACGCAUCUGGAGAACGUAUCAGAAGAUGAGAUGAACAGGUUACUGGGUAUAGUGCUGGAUGUGGAAUACCUGUACACCUGCGUCCACAAGGAAGAAGAUGCCGACACUAAACAAGUUUACUUCUCCCUGUUUAAGUUGCUGAGGAAAUGCAUCCUGCAGAUGGGGAGACCUGCAGUGGAGGCCCUGGAGAGCCCACCGUUUGAGAAACCCAGCAUUGAGCAGGGAGUGAAUAAUUUCGUCCAGUAUAAGUUCAGUCACCUCCCCUCUAAAGAGCGGCAGACCAUCGUGGAGCUCGCCAAGAUGUUCCUUAACCAGAUCAACUACUGGCAGCUGGAGACCCCGUCCCAGAGGAGGCAGCGGGUGCCCACUGAUGAUGUGGCAGGGUACAAAAUCAACUAUACCAGGUGGCUGUGUUACUGUAACGUCCCGCAGUUCUGCGACAGUCUCCCUCGUUACGAGGCGACGCAGAUAUUCGGCCGAACGCUCCUGCGCUCCGUCUUCACUGUGAUGAGGAAGCAGCUGCUGGAACAGGCCAGACAGGAGAAGGAUAAACUGCCUCCUGAGAAACGAACACUCAUCCUCACACACUUCCCCAAAUUCCUGUCUAUGCUGGAGGAGGAGGUGUACAGUCCCAAUUCUCCCAUCUGGAGUGAAGAUUUCAUGGUAGGCUCAUCAGGUGGACAGAUCCCUAGAGUGAUCAGUGCGCCUCAGGUGACCCGGCCGCUGUAUUACACCAACAGUUCCUCCCCCGUGGAGCUGCCAGGCGGGGGCAGUGUGAGCCCAGCACGCAAAACAGCUUCUGCUCUGGAAACCAGCCUGAGUGCAGAGAAGCGGAAAUCCUCUGAGCCGUCAUCUCAUGAAGACACUAAGAAAGCUCGGGUGAUUGGAGACAUUCCUAUGGAGCUGAUAAACGAAGUCAUGUCCACCAUUACAGACCCUACUGCAAUGCUCGGCCCAGAGACCAGUCUUCUGUCCGCUCACUCAGCCCGAGACGAAGCUGCUCGGAUAGAAGAGAGACGAGGAGUGAUCGAGUUCCACGUCAUCGGCAACUCCCUGAACCAGAAACCCAACAAGAAGAUCCUGAUGUGGCUGGUGGGACUUCAGAAUGUCUUCUCCCAUCAGCUGCCCCGCAUGCCCAAAGAGUACAUCACGCGCCUCGUCUUCGACCCGAAGCACAAAACACUGUCUCUAAUCAAAGAUGGCCGUGUGAUUGGGGGCAUCUGCUUCCGGAUGUUUCCAUCUCAGGGCUUCACUGAGAUUGUCUUCUGUGCGGUGACCUCUAACGAGCAGGUGAAGGGUUACGGAACUCAUCUGAUGAACCACCUGAAGGAGUAUCACAUCAAGCAUGAGAUCCUCAACUUCCUCACAUAUGCUGAUGAAUAUGCUAUUGGGUACUUCAAAAAGCAGGGAUUCUCUAAAGACAUUAAGGUACCCAAGGCCAAGUAUGUAGGCUAUAUUAAAGACUACGAGGGAGCCACACUCAUGGGCUGUGAACUCAAUCCCAGCAUUCCCUACACAGAGUUCUCCGUCAUUAUCAAGAAACAGAAAGAGAUCAUUAAGAAGCUGAUAGAGAGGAAGCAGGCGCAGAUACGCAAGGUGUAUCCUGGACUCUCCUGUUUUAAGGAGGGCGUUCGCCAGAUUCCAAUCGAGAGCAUUCCAGGCAUACGUGAGACUGGAUGGAAACCUGUGGGAAAAGGCAAGGAGGUAAAGGAUCCAGAUCAGCUGUAUAGCACUUUAAAGACCAUUUUGCAGCAAGUCAAGUCGCACCAGAACGCAUGGCCCUUUAUGGAGCCUGUAAAGAAGAACGAAGCACCUGGCUAUUACCAAGUCAUCCGCUUUCCUAUGGAUCUGAAGACCAUGAGCGAGCGUCUGAAGAGUCGGUACUACACCACGAGGAAACUGUUCAUGGCAGACAUGCAGCGGAUUUUCACUAACUGUCGGGAGUACAAUCCUCCCGAGAGCGAGUACUACAAGUGCGCCAACUUACUGGAGAAGUUCUUCUACACUAAGAUCAAAGAGGCCGGUCUCAUCGACAAGUAGAUAUCAACACAGCUCUCUCCGAUUCCUGUCAUCUUUCUUCCCUUCUCUGUCAUACGGCACUCGUCGGACUGUGCGAGGACUGGGGCAUGUGAUGCCCUUACUGUUCAGAACCUGGUUCCUCAAACGAGCUGUAGCACAAACGUCACUGUUAGUCAGCAGAGCUUUGAAAGCUUUCUCUGAUGGUGUGGAUGACCUGAACACUAGGAUGCUUCUGGAAGAACCGGGGUGCGAGUGCUGUAUGUGCAUUUUAGUGAGAGACCCUCACGUUCAAGCGCUACUCCUGCCAAAAACAUAACAUUUCAUACGCGUGCGAAUCUGUGUACAUACUUCGAGUUUCAGAAAUAGUUGUACCUUUUUUAUAUUUAAUGUUUUGGGUCUUAUAGGCAUACCUUCUCUAUGCUUCAUUCAAGCAUAAUUACUCAGAAACAAAGCCACAUAAUUGUGUAAAUUAAAUCUACACCUAUUUAUUAUUUAAGAUGGAAAAUAUAAGUAUUUGUAAGAGGAAGGUUUAUGAAAAGAAAGUGUUCGCUUGUGGUUCAAACUGGAGUGAGUGGCCGGUGUGCUACGUGGUGCAAGGUUUGGAACGCAAAAAAAAGUCUUAUUGCAUUCGGUCUUAAUGGCAAGCCAGCCAAUUAAAAAAAUAUUCCAUUGUAUUUAAAGAAAAAGACAUGUGCAAUAACUCGUAGAUUUGUUGUUUCGUAAAAUGUUUGUACUUUUAAAUAUUUAGAAGAAGAUGGACUUUGUACUAUGUUGUGGGAAGGGGAUAUUUUAAGGCCUUUGUAUCUUUGCUUUUAAAGACAGCAUAUUUUAUAGAAUUAUUAAAAACUUUAGACCAACUGAAAAA